AAGGGCCCUGGAUUACAGAAAACUCUUCUCACUUCCCUCCUGCUUUGAUGCCAACCCUUAUCUGCUCAUCAAAUUUGAUGAUGGAGUAGAAGAAUCCACAAUCGCUCUCCUCAAUUCCUGACAGUGAGUUUCUAUAAACAGAUUGCCUGCAGAAAAACCAGUGCCAAUUCAGGACUAAUCCAAUUGAAAGCCACAUUUACAAACAACUAAUUCUAACUGAGAAUAACUUUCCAGCUUUCUUUCUGGAAACAGCUAGUCUACUUUGUGAAGUUUAAAAACCUGUUGGAAACAACCAGCUCACUGCGAGAAGUUUAAAAACCAACUGAUACCGCUUUUACAGUAACAGUGAUAAUAUGAACAUCAGAACGAAAAGCAAUCCAUUCCCUGGCGAUCUUACAAAUCCUCAAUCAACAAGAGUUAAUGUUUAACCCAAUGUAUCUGACUUUGGACAGAAUCACUUAACAAUUACCAGGUUUAAACCUGGCUAGCUGGGUUUCCAGGGUCUGGAGGAGUCCAACAGCUAAAGGGAGUCAAGGACAGCUGGAUCCAGUAGAUACAAUGCAACUGCAGUUAAUUUCAUAUCUUGGGGUCUGUGGACUGACUCUGGUGUUUGCUGAAGGUGUUGCUGAUGAUUCAGAAUUUCAAGACGAUGCAGAGUCUUCUCAUCCAAACAGGAUUGUUUAUAAGGCACCAAAGCCUGUUGGUGAUGUCUACUUUGUGGCGUCCUUUGACACAGAUGGUCUUGAAGGAUGGGUAAAGUCCGAAGCAAAAAAAGAUGACUCUAAUGACACCAGAUAUGAUGGAAUAUGGGCUAUAGAAGAAUCUUAUAAUCAGAAAAUGCCAGGAAACAAAGGACUGGUGUUGAAGUCCCAAGCCAAACAUCAUGCCAUUGCUGCCUACUUUAAGAAACCCUUCCAUUUCAAAAACUUGCCUCUCAUUGUGCAGUACGAAGUACAUUUCCAGAAUGAAAUCCAGUGCGGAGGUGCAUAUCUGAAGCUUCUCUCUGUAGAUGAUCAGCUCGACCUGAGAAAAUUAUUUGACAAAACCCCCUACACUAUCAUGUUUGGACCAGACAAGUGCGGGCAGGACUAUAAAUUGCACUUCAUCUUCAGACAUAGGGAUCCAGUGACGGGUGCAUACAAGGAGAAGCACGCCAGGAAACCAGACAUAGACCUCCAGAGUUACUUCAUCGACAGAAUCCCUCACCUGUAUACACUGAUUGUGAGACCUGAUAACAGUUUUGAGUUGCUAAUAGAUGAAAACUCUGUGAGCAAAGGAAGUCUCCUACAAGACAUGACUCCUCCUGUCAAUCCUCCCAAAGAAAUCGAUGAUCCUAACCAUCAAAAACCUGAAGACUGGGAUGACAGACGUCAAAUACCUGAUCCAGAGUCAGUAAAGCCCCAUGACUGGGAUGAGGAUGCUCCUCGCUAUAUCCCAGAUUCCACAGUUAUGAAACCAGAUAACUGGCUGGAUGAGGAGCCAGAGUAUAUUCCAGAUCCUGAAUCAACAAAGCCUCCAGACUGGGAUAUUGAUAUGGAUGGUGAAUGGGAAAAACCAAAAAUCCCAAACCCUCUGUGUAUGACUGCAGGCUGUGGAACCUGGAAACCUCCCAUGAUACCUAACCCUGCCUACAAGGGCAAAUGGAAAGCGCCAAUGAUUGACAAUCCCAAAUACAUGGGAGUUUGGAAACCUCGAAAGAUUCCGAACCCAGACUAUUUUGAGGAUACAAAGCCAUUCCUCAUGACUCCGAUCGCUGCAGUCGGACUUGAGCUGUGGUCACUGACACCUGACAUAAUGUUUGACAAUUUUAUCAUAUCUUCUGAUGAGAGAGUUGUCAAGCAGUGGGUAAAAGACACAUGGGCACGAACAAAGGCAAUUUAUGAUGCAGAUGGACCUGGUUUGAUCCUGCAGCUGUUUUUGGCAGCAGACAAGCGCCCAUGGCUCUGGGGAGUCUACGUAGUCACUGUUGCUCUGCCAGUUAUCUUAUUCAUUAGCUUCUAUUGGCCAGACAAGCGAUUUGGGCCCCCAGAUGAUUAUUAUUACAAGAAGACGGAUGAUGUGCAGAUCAAUGAUGAAGAAAAACUAAUAACAGAAGCAGAGCCUCAGGAGUCAGAUCAACACGAUCAACAAGAUAAUGAAGAUAAAAGCAAAGAGAUGACCGCAGGAGGUGCGCUGAGAAAAGUGAAAGCAGAUUUGGAGACCUCUUCACAGACACAAGGGGGCAGUGAUCCAGGGCAGGUUACAGCUGAGGCUCUGCGAUAUCGUAAGACAAUACCAAAGUAAUGACCACCAGGAUUCAUGCUCUUCAAAAAGAUGAACUUUUACACAAAGCAUUCAGUUGUCAACCUAACCUAACAGAAAACCUUUGGACACAUAAAUGUUUGCUAGAAACAUAGGCCACGCAGCAGAUCCUGGAGGAAGAUGCUCUUUUUUUAAUAGAAAUGUGUUUUUUAUAUUGGUAUUUGUAAGUUUUCUAUAAAUAGUGGACAGAGGCAAUCUUUUCUUCCAUAUUAUUAGAACUUGUGAUGAAAUAAAACAUUUUUCUUGCCUUCA